CCAGCCUCGUCGGCUGCGUAAACCGUCAGUUAAGAUGGCAAUGUCAUCAUCAUCUCACAUCUACACUCCUCUCCUACUGUUGCUCCUCCUAGCAUGCUCGUGCAAGGCGUCGUCGGAGCAUGCCGUCGACCCUACCUGUCCUCCGGCGAAGACGUCGGCAGUGUGGGCGACGGCGGAGACCUCCAGCUGCAGCGCCCCUCAGUGCCAGCCAUCGGCGCCGCACAUUCCGGUCCCGGUGUUCCCGUACGACGUCGAUCCGUUGCAGUUCGCGCUGAACCUGGAGUACAUCGAGGCCGAGUUCUUCCUGCACGCGGCGUAUGGAGUGGGGCUCGACCAGAUCGCGCCGAACCUGACACUGGGAGGCCCGCCGCCGGUGGGCGCCAUGAAGGCCAACCUCGACGAGGUGACCUGGCGCGUCGUCGCGGAGUUUGGUCUGCAAGAAGUUGGCCACCUGAGGGCUAUCCAGAGGACAGUUGGUGGGUUCCCAAGGCCAAAGAUAGACCUAAGUGCCAAGAACUUUGCAAGGGUGAUGGACGCAGCAUUUGGGUACAAGUUGAACCCUCCCUUCGACCCCUACGUCAACAGCCUCAACUUCCUGAUGGCCUCCUACGUGAUCCCCUACCUUGGCAUCAACGGCUACACCGGCACAAACCCGAUCAUAGACGGCUACGACAGUAAAAAGCUUCUUGCAGGGUUGCUAGGCACGGAGGCCGCGCAGGACGCCGUCUUCCGUGCGCUCCUCUUCGAGCGGCAGCGCGAGACGGUGCCGCCCUACAAGGGGAUCACGGUGGCAGAGUUCACCGACCGCAUAUCGGCGACGAGGAACCAGCUGGGCAAGUGCGGGGUGAAGGACGAGGGGCUCACCGUGCCACCCGAGCUCGGCGCCGAGGGGAAGAUCUGCACCAAUGUGCUCUCCGCCGACAAGGACUCGCUCUCCUACCCUCGGACACCGGCGCAGCUGCUCAGGAUCCUGUACCUCACCGGUGACGAGCACGUGCCCGGCGGGUUCUUCCCGGAGGGCGCCAACGGGAAGAUAGCGCGCGAGUUUCUUGGCAAGCCAUUUGCAGCUGGGGAUAACUAAAGGGCCUUGCAAAUUAAUAGCCCAUAGCGGCAUCUAUCAUCAGAGUGAAUAACUAAAAGGUGAAUGGAUUAUGACUGCAAUAACACAGUCGACCCUUCAGCGUUGAAGGUCUAAGAUAUUGAAAGCCAAGUGUAGGCCGCAAAACAAGUUUGUGUUGUUUUUAAUCCCUAUUUCCUCUGUUCUAUAA